ACGCGUGCGCGUCGUCUCCUCUCUGCCCCCAAGACCAAAAGCAACCCAGCCCGAGCACCCCAAUUUCCCUUCUCUUCCCCGGCGACGUCCCCACGCCCGCCGCCCCCGCCCAGAUCGGCGCAUCCCCCGCCGCCGUGACGCCUUUCCGGUGCCCCAGCCCCCCUCCCCCGCGCCCCCGUACCGUUGCCCACACCGAAUCCUCGCCAUUCCGCGCCGCGAGGUAUCCGCCCCACUGUACCUCUAGUGUUAACCCUUUUGGGGGGGGGGGGGGGGCGUAGUGGCCUGUGCGUGCGGGGGUGGGGCGUGCCUAAAUAGGCGGGGGUGGGCAUGGGGGAGGGUUCUGAGGGCCGCGCCGCGGGGGCGCAAAACCCUAGCCUCGAGGCGGAGGAGGAGGCGCGGCGGGUCAAGGAAGAGCUCGCCGACGACCUCAACGGCGACCCUGCGGAGGAGGAGGAUGGCGAGGAGGAGAUGGUCGUGGAGGAGGAUGAGAUGGUCAUCACCUCCGACGACGAGGACGACGGCUUCGUGCCGCGCACGCUGGAGGAGGCCCUCGUGCCGCGGGUGGGCACGGUGUUCGACUCCGUGGACGAGGCCUUCGCGCUCUACAAGGCGUACGCCUACCGCACCGGGUUCCACGCUGUGCGCCGCACCUGCCACAACUACGAGGGGCUCCGCUACCGCUCAACCUUCACCUGCACCCACGGUAGCAAGCCCCGGGCAGGUGCCGCCCCCUCUGAUAGCCCAGGCGCUCGCUACCCGCUCCGCAACAAGCUGGGGGCAGCCGCCCAGGAGAAGAAGGCUCGACGAGGCGCUACCGAGAGGACUGGAUGCAAGGCGAUGCUGAUCAUCCAUGACAAGCGAGUGGACGAUAGGUGGAAGGUGGAGUCUGUGGACUUGGAGCAUAACCAUCCUUGCACUCCCGAUAUGGUGAGGUUCUUGAAGGCGUAUAGGGAGAUGCCCGAGUCAGUCAAGAAGAAGGCCAAGAUUACUAAUGAAAUGGAUGAGAUGGUGGAAAAGUCACUGAGUGAGAUUGCUGAGACCAGGAAGUUCCCGACACGGCCCAAGAGGGGUGCUGGCGGUGGGGCUGGUGUUGGAAGCCAGAGGUUUUGUAGGAUAGAGAGUUUUGUGCAGCGGUUUGUGGAGGAUGACCUCAUUGCGCUCAAGAAGUUCAUUGAAACGAUGCAGCGCAAGAAACCAAACUUCAUUCACAGCUGGGAUCUUGAUCAGGAAAGUCGCGUGAAGAAUUUCUUCUGGACUGAUUCAAGAGCCCAGGCGCAAUACCGCUACUUUGGUGAUGUCAUUACACUUGAUGUGAUGUAUUUACAGCACUCUCGCGCCAGCCUCCCGCUGGCCACACUCCUUGGGGUGAAUAACCAUGGCCACCUUGUGCUACUUGGCUGUGGCCUGCUCUCCAGUGACAGCAAGGAGAACUAUGUUUGGUUGUUGAAGAGGUGGUUGAGCUAUAUAAAUGGCAAGUCGCCAGAGGCGAUCACAACCAGCUAUUCAGAUGUCAUUGCAGAGGCUGUGGCUGAGGUUUUUCCAAAUGUAAGGCAUCGAUUCUGCUUUUGGAAUAUCUUGAAGAAGCUCCUAGAAAAUGUGGGGCGUACACAUGAGAAAGAGGCGAUUUCCUCAAGAUUCAAGGAGGUUGUUUAUGAUAGCGUCACUCUUACUGACUUUGAGAAAGAGUGGGGAGCCAUGGUUGACCAGUACAAGCUCAAAGACCACGAGUGGUUCUGUGCUCUGUACAGUUGCCGGAAACAGUGGGCUCCUGGGUAUGUCAAUCAUUCAUUCUGGGCUGGUACUUCUGCUAUCAGGAAGGUUGAAAAACCAGAUCCAUACUUUGAUGGUGUUGUAACAACUAAAACUACCCUACCAGUUUUCCUUGAGCAAUACGAGGCUACUUUGAAAGGGAAGUUGGAAAGGGAGGCGUAUGAUGAUUUGCGCUCAUAUUAUUCUAGACUCACUUUGCUGUCGGGAUUACCCUUUGAGGAGCAACUAUUGGAGCUCUACACGGUAACCAUGUUUCAGGCAUUUCAAGACGAGAUCAAGCAAUUGAUGCAUGCUAUUUGUAAAGAGGUAGACAGAAGUGGGAAUUCAAUUACCUACAUGGUCAGUGAGUUAAUACAGGGAAAGAAAGUUGACUAUACAGUUGUCUACAACAAUUCAGACAAGGAUGUUUGGUGCAUUUGUCGCUCCUUUCCCUCACGAGGCAUUCUUUGCAGCCAUGCUCUGGCUGUUCUGAAGCAAGAGAAUGUGCUGAUGCUGCCAUCAAAGUACAUCCUCAACCGCUGGAGGAAGGAUUUUAGGAUACUUCAUUCAUCGGCAAAUGCAAAUUAUGCGGAAUCAGAUAGAACAUUGGGUAUUUAUGACGACCUCUAUAGUCGUGGCCAUGAGUAUUUUGAAGAUAUCAUUGAUAUUGGAGCAAGAGAACCUGAGCUGAAGGAGUUCGUGUUGUCAGCCAUGAAGGAAGCAAGGGACAGACUAAUUAGGCCUGAUCACACACAACAAGGUGAUCAACGGGUUGAUGUAAAUAUGUCUGUGACUGGUCAGGUGUCCACAGAUACAAGAGUUGAUGUGAACAUGACGUCAAACACCUCAGCCCUGUUUCAGGGGGACAGAAGGGUUGGUACAGAUAUGACAUCAAACACAUCAGCCCUAGUUCAUGGUGAUACCAUGAGAUCAAACACCACGGCUCUGAUUCAUGGGGACAGAAGAGUUGAGUUGAAAAUGCCAGCAGCCCACCUUAUUCAUGGUGAGGGAAGAAUUGACAUGAACAUGGCAUCUCCUCACUUGAUGCAGAGGGAAAGAAGAGUUGAUAUGAACAUGACGUCGCCACACCUGAUACAGGGGGACAGAAGAGUUGAUAUGAACCUGGCAUCACCCCACUUUAUUCAUAGCGACAGAAGAGUUGAUAUGAACAUGGCAUCCCCUCACCUGAUACAGGGGGAUAGAAGGGUUGAUAUGAACAUGGCAUCCCCUCACCUGAUACAGGGCGACGCUAGAGUGGAUAUGAACAUGGUAUCCACUGCUCAGAAUGGGGUGCACAAUUUCGAUUUGGUGAAUGUAAACAUGGAGAGUGGCUCGUUGCCAAUGGCUGCAGCAGAUUUUAUGCAAAUGCAUCCGCACCCACCAGUUUACCAUCCAAAGCAACUUCUUGAUAUGAGAGAUCAGGUUAUGGAUGCAAAUAAGAGACCAAAUAUGGACACCAACACUUAUUUUAUGGGAGGUAGUAUGCAUGUGGGGUAGUUUGGUUGUGUAGUCCUGUAACCUUUCUGUUGGGAAAGGAGGCAUCCUUCCUUAUUUUACAUUGACAUGUAAUCAUGUAUGUUCUUAGAGCAGGCAGUACAACUAAACAGCUAGGUUUUAGUGUUGCAGGCCAACCUUUGACUGUUGGUAGCUUUAUUGUAUUCUGUUCACUGUUUGGCAGUUGUGGCAGGCUGAAUGCCAUUAUCUUGUGCGUAUGAUAAAAAGGAAAAACCUUUCUUAUCAUCUAUCUACUAGUGAUUUGGAA